CUUCCCUACCCCCACACACACGCACUCUCCAUCGACCCCUUACAAAAUUAACUACUAGGUUUUCGCAUCUUAAUCCUAAUUUUCAAUCUCAAAAUCCUUUAGAUUUUGCCUCAUAAUCUCCCAGAUUUCUCCUUCUUUAAAUCUAAUUAUUCUCUCUUUUAAGUUCUUUGGCCUACUUUGCCUUUCAAGGUGUCUAAUUUGAUAGAUUCAAUUCAUUGGGAUAAGCAUGGGUUCUGAGUGUCCUCCUUCCGCGGCUGAUGAGGUGAAUGUAGCAGCAGAGACUACUGAGAAAAGGUGUUGCCAUGGUAAGAAUAAAGGGAAAGUUCCCAAAAGAAUUCACAAGGCUGAGAGGGAAAAACUGAAGCGUGAGCAAUUGAAUGAGCUCUUCCUUGAGCUAGCCAGUGCUCUUGAACUGACUCAGCCAAAUAAUGGGAAGGCCUCCAUAUUGUCUGAAGCUGCUAGAUUGUUGAAGGACUUGAUUGGACAGAUUGACGGCCUCAACAAGGAGAAUGAAUCUCUAUUAUCUGAAUCUCGCUAUGUAACAAUUGAGAAGAAUGAGCUGAAGGAAGAAAACUCUGCCCUAGAAACUCAAAUUAAAGGAUUGCAAAGAGAGCUGGAAGCAAGGAUGUCUCAAUCAAAACCUGACCUGAAUGUGCCUCCUCCCGAGUUCGACCAUCCCGAAUUGAGACAACAUUUUCCAGGAGAGUCUCUCAGGUUGCCUGCAGCAGAUGCUACCUUGCAGCAAGCACAAGCCGUCUUUGUUGUCCCCCUCCAUCCUGAACUCCAAGCUUAUCCAGUGACUACCUCAAAUGUGAGUAAACCACAUGCUAGAUAUCCAACACCUGCAGAUUCAUGGCCAUCCCAACUUCUUGGGAAGCAGCUGACAGGUAGGAAGGAAGUUCAAUAGCAGCCUUAGGCAAUAACCUUUUGUAAAGUUUGUAUAUUGCUUGGUGGAUGCGGAUGAUGGUAAAAUAUGGCUGUCUGGCUUGGUUGGGUUAGUGACCAAAUUCAAAUAGUUUAGUUGGUAGGAUCAUGACUGGCAAUAGUAAACGCUGUGAGAAUUGGUGAAAAUUGGAUAACCCUGCAUGGGAUUGCCUGACCACCCUGUUUAUAUUUUCAUUCACUGUAGUGGUGAAAAUCAAUCUUCCUCUUUAAUGAAUUUUUUUUGUUCCUAA